AUGUUAUUCACCAAAGCAAUAGUUGGCCUACUGGCUACAGCGUAUAUCACAGCCGCUGUUGCUAUCCCAGCCCGGGGUGCUUUGGAUCUUGCUGGACGCUCAAUUGAUGUAGUUGAGGCUAGCUUCAGAAAGCGUUACGAGGGUGAUGACGAGGGAGAUGGUGGUCGUAAGGGAGAAAAAGUGAAACGGUAUGAGGGUGAUGACGAAGGAGAUGGUGGCCGCAAAGGCGAAAAGGUGAAGCGUUACGAAGGUGACGACGAAGGGGAUGGUGGCCGUAAGGGCGAGAAAGUGAAGAGAUAUGAGGGUGAUGAUGAAGGAGAUGGCGACCGUAAAGGUGAAAGGUGA